CUGACUGGUGGCACUGACUGGCAGCACUGCUGGGCUGCACUGGUGGGCGGCACUGGUGGGCGGCACUGGUGGGUGGGCACAGGUGGGUGGCACUGGUGGGCACAGGUGGGUGGGCACAGGUGGGCACUGCUGGGCGGAACUUGCGGGUGUCACUGCUGGGCACCGAUCAUCAGGGCACUGAUCAUCAGUGCCCUGAUGAUCGGUGCCGAUCCCCGCUCUGACAACUGCCGGUUCUCGGCAGUACUUUCCUCACGAUCUGACAGCGUGAGGAAAGUGCAGCCGAGAACCGGCACUUGC